AUGCAGACGACGCGCACCAAGCAGGUCAUAUGGGAUCCUGCUGGAUCGAACAGGUUCAUCAUUGGUGGAGGAAGUGAUCUGCGGUUGAUGGAAUGGGAGGUUGGUCCAACCUGCUGCUGCUGCUGCUGAUGCUGGAUGAUGGGGUCGAUGGCGCGUACGACCCGGAGCCCAUCAGCCGGUGUACUGAUGCGCGUGCCCCUUGCCUACAUAGCAUACGCCUUCAUCAUCAAGAUUCAACACCGUCGCAGCCUGUACCGACUUGGGGCAAGUACGAUCGUUCGCGUGGUCGCCACAUGCGAGCUAUCCGGAUCUGGUCGCCCUUGGCACCUACGCCGGCAAGGUGUUGUUGCUACGACUCGAUUCGUCACCAUCGGCUUCGUCCAAAUCGAACCAUGGCGGUCACUCGGCUCUGCAGAUAAAUCGUACGUCGUGUCCACGCGAGGCGGAGCUCGGUCGAAUGGGCUGCGCGGGCCCCACUUACGCUGCUGACCAGAUCGUGUGGCUACGUCGUACAGUGCGCCAUUCCCGGCCGUGUAAUGUCGUCACCUUCUCUCAGGAUCGACCUAGGCUCGUCGCCGUUGGAUUAGAGAAAGGCCGAGGUGAAUCCCUCCUCAUCUACGACAUCGAGCAGUCAGCUCAAGCACUCGACUCCGGCAAGGACAAACCCUCGACGUCGUCCCAUCGGAGAUCCCAGCACGGCACCCAACGCAGUCGUGGCAAUUCACCUUCGAGAUCGUCUUCAGCAAACGGCAACUCGUCGGCUGGACUGAUUGAACCCUCCCCACUUCUCUCGCUCGGUCCCUCGGAGAGCGUCUCGGCUGCCGGGUUCCUCUAUGCCGACUCGGCCGUUUCUGCGACAUCUCCGCCCGUCGUCGCAGGCAUGUCGGGCAAGUGGCUGCGGGUUUAUGAUCUGCGAUCUCCAACCGCACCGAUAGCAUCGUGGGGAUCUCGCGCAGCGUUGUCCAUCUCGCCGAACCCGUCCCAAGGCAACCAGUUCGUCUCGGCCGGCGACGAUGGGGUCAUUCGAUUGUGGGACAUGCGCAAGCCGAUGGAUGCGCUCCUAAGUUGGUCAGAGAUCGAUGCCGGAGCACUCUCGAGUCGACAGAGGAGUAGUGUUCAACCGCGAGGAAUUGUCGAAAUGGAAUGGAACCUCAGCAAGGCUGGGGAGUUGACGACGCUGGAACGGGAGAGCCAUACCUUGCGCGUGUGGGAUCUGCUCGAUGGGCCGAGUGCGGUGCAGAUGCAGCACAAACAGAAUGCGGGGGUUUUGGGUAUGGAAGGGAACAUGAACACGAACGAGCAAGGGUCGACACCGGGCUCCGAGUCAAUUCAGAUGCCCGUCUUGUUCGACGAUCGAAGACCGAAAGCGUUUGCCGCGCCAUUGACUUCAUUCACCUACGCCAUCUCGCCGCUGCAUCCGAAGCGAACACAAUUCUUGGGUAUCUCGAGGGACACGGCCACACCUGGGAACUCGGGACAUCGACUCGAGGUCAUUGAGAUGCCACGGAUACCACAUGCGGCCUUCUUGGAGGACGGCAUGCUGCUGUCGAGUGACGCUGGUUUGGAAUGUGUGAGGAUGGGUCCGGCACCCGUUGGUUCCCGACGAGGUUCCCUUGCUGCCGACGAUGAUGAAGAUGAGGAUUCGCCGACGAGGAAGGUCAAUGCGUUGCUGGAUCGCGGAAGGAGUCUAUCGCUGAGCAGCAUCGUCAAAGUCAUUGAUCGGAAUCAGACGCCUCGACCUGGAGGUCCAAAGGAGGCGCCUUUGCAAACCUCGGGAGGAUCCGUCACCCCUCGAGGAGCCUCUAGAACAAGAGAGGCAGCACAAAAGCUCGCUUCGGAACUGGCGACCAACAUCGAUAAUCUUGAAGGCCUAAGAUCGGACGUCUCGAUGCUGUACCGCGAACGAUUGGCGAGAGGCUACGGCUCGAACCCGAUGAAAAACGCUUCACUGGCGGAGUCGUCGUCGCUCGGCGAAUUCUGGACGUGGAUCGCUCGUGCCGAGGCACUUUCUCAUGACGGUCUGAUUCAGGACUACGACUUUCGUUAUCGCGGCGUCAUGUCCAUCUUGUCUGGGUUUCCGUCCUCUUCGGCUGCGGCUGCCAAUCCGGGGUCACCUGGUUCGAGCCCGACUCAGCAUACCGCACAGAGAAAAUUGCAGACGCAUGCGGCAAACACGUCGUCGCGAUCGAUCUACAGUGAGUUUCAUCGAUCACUGCGAGAACGACGAGAGGAACAUUCGCCGUCAUCGUCGUCUCGCGGGAAAGCGCCCGUCACGGCAGCCGCCUUCGUCGCUGCAUCAGGUUUGCUCGUAUCCCGUCGCAAGCUCGACGCCAUGAGUCCCAUCUCUUCGAGCUCUUUCUCGAGUCAAAGGAAGUUGGCGACACAGGUUUGCGGAACGGAUUGGGAGAGGGAAGCGGGCGAAGUCUGUGCCGCGUACGACAAGCACGGCGAUCAUGAAAAGGCCGCGAGGCAUGCGUUCUUCAGUGGGCAUUUGGAGAGUGCGAUUGGGUAUCUGCAGGGGUGUAAAGGUGAGCAAGACGAGAAUGUCUACGGGUUGCUGGACACUGCAUGAGCUUAUACCAGGCGGCCGCGGCUCACAGAUGAAAAACUGCGGCUUUUGGCACCGCUCUUGGCGGCGUUUGUGAGUAGCCUACCUUUUCCGUAUUGAGCUCGCAUAACUGAGGGGAUCCUUGACGACCCACAGAUCGCACAAAAGUCGACAAAUGGAUCAGAAGGCGCGUUUGCGGACUUGUGUCGGACACUAUCGUCGGACGCUUAUAAGCCAUGGGUUCGAGGUAAUUUUUUUCUCCAAAAUACUUCAAUUUGCGUCUGGUGGCUGAUGCCUGCUCCUCGUGCUUCGCUGCUCGUAGCGCUCUUUGCCUACAUGGCCAGUGGCGAAGAGUGGAGAGAAGUGGUUGAAGAGACUGGGUUGCCGUUGAAGGAUCGAGUCGCGAUUGCUUUGAGGUGAGCACAACGACCGAGCAACGGCUUUCGCUUGUCACUGACGACGUCGUGGGGACCGCACAGAUUCUUGCCGGACAACGAGGUUCGUCGCGCAGCACUACGCUAAGAUUCCCACUGGGCCUGACUUUCUCCUCUCGCAGCUGCUCUCCUUCGUGCAAGGCCUCGCCAAGGAAGCUCGCACGACCGCCGAUCUCGAAGCCGUCGUCCUGUUCGGCCUUCGGGAUGCGGAAGGCAUUUCUCUGCUCUCUUCUUACAUCGACCGCACCUCGGACCUCCAGACCGUAGCUAUCGCUGCGGCCUUCAUCUCUCCCGGCAUACUGCGCAACGACCUCCAACUCCGGCGCUGGAUCGAAGGCUACCGCUCCCAUCUCGAUCGUCUGCAACUCUACGCCGCUCGGGCCGUUUUCGACGGUGCGCGAGGCCGACGUGCCCGCGCCUCGAUCGAACAAGACCGCGUCGGCGGUCGUACGAACGAAGCCAACGAAGUCGAGUCCGCCCUACGCAAGUUAGCUCCACCUCAAAUCGUGAUCAGGUGUCAAUUCUGCGCGACGAACUUGGGACCCUUUAUUGGGCUUUCGACGGGAGAAAACGAAGGCAGGUCUCGAACGGCCCCCGUGGGGGUCAAGUCGACGUUGUGCCCGAGUUGUUCGAAAGGGUUACCGGCCUGUGCGGUUUGCCUCAAGAAGCCGAAUUUGCAUUCGAUCCCGACGGAUAUCUGUGAGUUUGAAGUGAGGCCCGGGGGAAAUUUCCAUUGAGGAAACUGACCUUGAGUUGGUGCAAAUCAAUUUCCUCAGCGUCGAGCUUGUGCUGGUGUCAGAAAUGUCGGCAUGGGGGUAAGCGGAGGGCUCGAAACACACGGAGAAGGUUAAUCAAGACACUGAUGUGUUUGGCAAUGUUCGCCACUUUAUAACAGGCCAUACGAACCAUAUGCUCGAAUGGUUCGAACGCAGCGUCGUCUGCCCCGUCGCGGAUUGCGAUUGUGAGUUCCUCCGUGCACGAAAUGCUCAAAUCGCAUGCUGUGCUGAUUUCGAUGAUCCAUGGGGCUCUCACAGGUGAAUGUCGGGCCGGGGAUGAGUCGGAUUAG